UCCAUCAUGGCGGCCUUGCUGAGGAAAUUUCCUCUUUGAAUGUACAAAUUCGUGAUGUUGUUUCUAGAUUCCUUUUCAAUGUCCAGCCAAAAAGCACACCAAGGUCCUUCUCCUCCGUCAGUCGAGCAGAUUUUAGAAGAUUUGGCUGCGGCAAGGGACGAUGAUGUCGUGUUUAAGUCGUCAAUCGUAGCUGGAGAAUCAGCCCAAAUAUCAAAGGGUAAAGGAAACAAGCUGGCCAGUCAUUCAGAUAGUGUCAUGGAUCAUUCAGCUGGUGGAGGAGACACAUCUGAAAGUAAAGGAAAUGCAGACGAAAUCAAGACAAAAUGUCAAUCUAAUGAGGAGCUCUAUGGUGUGGUUGCUUCAUUUUUGAAAGAAUUUAAGACAUUAGAGUCUUCUCAGGAACGUCUAAAUAGUGUGGACCAAGAUUUAAAAUCAAAGAAAGAAGAAUUAGAUGAAGCCAUCACCAAAGUAAAAGAAGCAUGGGAAGUUGAAAAACAUGACAGUUAGUGAAAUGUCAGGGGCAAAGAGUUCUAAAUUUGAAUGAGCAAGCACUUUUACAUGUUUGUUGUGUGCAAGGUAUAGGUCAGAUCUGAACCAAGUACUUUUGUUAGGAAGAUGUAAAAUUGCCUUAAUUGACUACACCUCUUUUCUUGCAAAGGAAAGCUAAGAUUUAACCCAAACUUUUCCAUAUUCUGAAGAUGUAUUGUUUUUUUAAAUCUGUUUAGAGAUAUUUUGUCUGGAUUCUUUUUAAUCUGUUGCACAAUUUUAAUUUUUUUUGUACUUUGAACACCUGUCAGGCAAGUUGACAAAAAUCUAUUUUUGUGAUCACUCAGAAUUUUUAGGGUGAGGGAGGGGUUUUUUCAUUCUUCUCUAUUUCUCCUGAUUACUGAGUCUUCACAAUUCCAUAAACCCACCACAAAAAAAGAUAUAAAAAAAUAUUUUGAUCUUAUUGAAUUUUAAUCUUCAUGAUUGCCUGUCUGAUGGGCAGUCUUUUUUUUUUUGAGGUUUUUUUUCAUGUAUUCUCUUCAGCCUUAGAACUGGGGUGCAGAGGAUAAAGUCCUUAGCUCCAGUAUUGUAAGUUAUUAUUUUUUUUAGACUCUUUAUACCUUUUUUGUCAGUGUGCAGUGUCAAAAGUUUCAUGACUAUGAUUAUUUAUUUUAAUUCAAAGUAUUUAAA